AUGUGUGAAUAUAGUCUACCGGGCGGAGUAAUUCGUGUUGGUAUCUACUGAGUGCAUGUGUGUGUGAGUGCGUGCUACGGCUGGUGCUUGUCACUCAUUGUGCCGCGAACACGGGUAGCGACAAGGACCAAAAUUCCGUCCGGUAGCAGUUGUUGUCCCUGGAAAGGCUGAUAUCUGUUUUUCCCCCCCUCAGGAGCGACACCUCGCUUGUUUAAAGUGCGUCUACUCUACAAGGAGAAUAUCUGUGACACAUUACAAUGCUUCAAAUAAGGGACAUCAUCUGGGGAUUGCUAUUCAUCGGCUGUGCAGCCACCAUCCAGGUGCAAAUCACUCCAACACAAGGAGAGAUCAGCGUGGGAGAGUCCAAAUUUUUCCUCUGUGAAGUGGUGGGAGAUGCUAAAGACAUAGACUGGUAUGACCCCAGCGGUGAGAGGAUCCUUCCCAACAGGCCAGACAUUUUUGUGAGCCGCAGUGAUGAAGCCACGUCAACCCUUACCAUAUACCAUGCCAAUGUGGACAACGCCGGCAUCUACAAGUGUGUGGCAAAGAAUGGAGACAAGGAGGCCCAGGCCACGGUCCAAGUGAAGAUCUUCCAAAAGAUCACUUUCCAGAGUGCUCCGAGCCCACAGGAGUUCAGUGAAGGCGAUGAUGCCGACAUCAUCUGCGAUGUGGUCAGUUCACCACCACCCGCCAUCAUUUGGAAGCAUAAGGGCUCCAAGAUCCAAGUUGCCAAAGAUGUGCGAUUCAGGAUCAUGGGAAAUGGCCACCUGCAGAUCCGUGGCAUCAAGAAGACAGAUGAGGGCAUGUACAACUGUGAGGCCCGUGUCAUGGCCAGGGGAGAAAUUGAUUUCAGGAUGAUCAAGGUCGUUGUUAAUGUGCUUCCCACCAUCCGCGCCAGGCAGUCAGAGGUCAACGCUACAGCAGACGUUGGUAACUCUGCUUUAUUGGCUUGUGAUGCAGAUGGCUUCCCUGAACCCACCGUCACCUGGGCACAUAACAACAUUGUCCUUGAAACGGGUGAUAAGUACAGCCUGAACGAGGAUGGUUCAGAAUUGGUAAUAAAAGAUGUCAAGAAAGUGGAUGAAGGAGAUUACACUUGCAUCGCCAAGAACAAGGCAGGAGAGAAAGCUGAGGAAGUCAGCCUGAACGUGUUCGUCCAACCCAAGAUUACCUACCUGAAUAACCAGACUGCCUCGGAAUUUGACGAGAAAGUCAUCCUGACCUGUGAGGCCUCGGGUGACCCUACACCUGACAUCUCCUGGAGUUUUGAAAACAGGGUGUUCACUGAAGGACAGCAGGCUUCUUGGACGCGACCAGACAAAUAUGAGAGCCUCGAUAGAAACAUUGUGGUACGCAGCCACGCACGGGUGUCCUCUCUCACCUUGAAAAACGUCCAGUUCACAUAUGCCGGCCAGUAUCUCUGCACCGCCAACAACUCCAUUGGUCAGGACAAUCAGCAGAUGUACCUGGAAGUCCGCUAUGCUCCAAAGAUCCUGGGUCCAGUGACUGCAUACACCUGGGAGGGAAACCCAGCCAACAUCAGCUGUGAGGUGGAGGCUCACCCAGGAGCUUCAGUUGUUUGGUUCAGAGACGGCCUCCAGCUGCCCUCAGCCAACGUUACCAACACGAAGAUCUAUAACACACCAACCAUCAGCUACCUGGAGAUUACCCCUGAAUCUCAGAAUGACUUUGGGAGCUACAACUGCACAGCAACCAAUGUGAUGGGCACUGAAUCCAAGGAGUUCCUUCUGAUCCAAGCAGAGGUGCCAUCAUCACCAGAAAUUCAACAAGUGGAACCUUUUUCGAGCACAGCAGUGGUAGAGUUUGAGGAGCCCGACUCCAUGGGUGGAGUGCCCAUUAUCAAGUACAGAGUUGAAUGGCGUUUGCCUGGCCAGGCUUGGAACGGCAGGGUGUAUGAUGCUGAGGAAGACACGACCAGGAUCACCAUUGUUGACCUGAAACCAGAGACCACCUAUGAGGUCAGGAUGUCCGCCAUCAACGGCAAAGGCGAAGGCGAGCGCAGCCCGGCCAGCACUUUCAAGACGGAGCCAGUCCUUUCAUCAGAGACUCCACCCCCUAUUGCUGCUACCAGUAUGGCCCGUAGGGAACCCAGUGCUCCCAAACUAGAGGUCAAGGUCCAAAACAGGGGCAAUUCUCUUAAGGUCAACUGGAUCAAGCAGGAUGAUGGCGGAUCCCCCAUUAAACAUUACCUGGUCAGAUACAAGGCUAAGCAUACGUCUCACUGGAAACCAGAGAUCCGCCUUCCUAAUGGCAGUGAGUAUGUGGUGCUGAGCGGCCUGGACUGGAAUACAGAGUAUGAGAUUCACGUGGUGGCAGAAAAUCAGCAGGGCAAGUCCGAGCCUGGCAUCCUCUCCUUCAGAACAGCUAUAGAACCCACUACCAUCCCAGAUGCCAUGGACGGUGUCUCAGGCCUUGGCACUGGAGCCAUCGUAGGCAUCCUCAUUGUUGUCUUUUUCCUGCUGCUGGUGGGUGUGGACGUUACCUGUUACUUCCUUAACAAGUGCGGACUCCUCAUGUGCAUUGCUGUUAACUUCUGUGGGAAGGCCGGCCCUGGUGCCAAGAGCAAGGACAUUGAGGAGGGCAAGGCAGCAUUCACGAAAGACGAGUCUAAGGAGCCAAUUGUUGAGGUGAGAACAGAGGAAGAACACAUCCCAAACCAAGAGGGAGGAGGUCCCACUGAGCCCAAUGAGACCACACCUUUGACAGAACCUGAGCCUGCUGCUGCAGACACCACCUCCACGGUGGUAAACUUGCUCCCCUCCACUGCCACUAACUCAGUUACUGAGAGCUUUAGCACGGCACACAGCAGUCCUGCUAGCGAGAGCACCAUGCUAACCACCAGCGCCUCCAGCCCAACCAAAGUGGCCCCUGCCAAGUCCUCCCCCCAAAACAGCCCUGUUGCCCAGUCCAGUUCGGUAAAAGCUAACACCCAGCCUGAUGUCGGGCCCCUGGUUGACCUGAGCGACACUCCUAAAGUUCCCCACUCGUCCAACCCAAUACCCCCUGUCUCAGGGCCAGUCAGCCUGCCUUCUGCUAAUGCUGAUGGCCUACAGAGCCAGUGUGACCCAGUCAAAGCCCCUGACAGCACCCAGAAUAAGGACUUACAAGUAGACGGCCCGGCCAAGGAUGCCCCCAAUGCCCUGUGCACAGACUCGACCACACCAGCUCAAAAUGAUGGUAAGGCUGUGAAGGAUGAUAACACUAAAGGCGAGACAGAGGUGAAGAACGCCACAACCGAGGUGAAGACAGUUCCCAAUGAGGCUCCCCAGACGAAUGGCAACGAAAGUAAAGCGUAAUCUCAUCGCCCAAGAGCAUCAGGAAAAAAAGGGUGGUUGGGGUUGAAAGGGUGGUAGGGUGUGGGUUUUUAAUGAUAAACAAGGGGGGUCACAGUCACUGAAACCUCAAAGCAAUGUCACACACCACCCCAUCUCAUCAGAAAAAACAACAAAAAGCAACAGAAAAGCUAAAAAAAAGAAAAAAAAAAUCGUGGGUCUCUUUCUACAGUGUCUUCUGACCAGGAAAAUGUAAAGACCUCAUGCACAUGCCUUAGUUACUUUUAUGUCAAUUUCUAUUUGUUUAAUUCUCACAGAAAAAAAGCAAAAUUCAUGCUUGUAGUUCACCCUCAUUCAUCUAUGUAAUGUUAAAUUGAUAAACUUUUAAAUACAGAAUUUGAAAAACUAUUUUCCUCUAGAUAACCAUGGUUGGACUGUAGCUUUACUUCACACAUUACUGCCUUCAUCAUGUACACACAUGUAAGACUGGUACAUUACCAAUAAUACUAUCCUUUAUGCAGUAUGGUCAUCAUCGUGGUAAUGGAUUAUGGGUCUUUUUCCUUUGUCGAUAUUUUGUUGUGUUUAAAUAAUGUGCAGACAUUACUGCCUAUUUAGCUUUUUUAAUGUGUUAUUUCCAGGGCUAGAGAUUAGAACAUUAGCAUGCCUGUUUUUGCAAAGUUACUGUAUUUCUGUACAUGUUGCUGUCAUUUGGUUCCUCUCUAGAUGUUUGUUUUGUUUUGUUAUGUUUUGUUUUGUUUUUUUCUUUUCUCCAUAUGGUUCUGGUCCAGAAAUCAUGUAGCCUAAGCUAUGAGAAACAGAAGAAGACACCGGAGAAAGAUUUAUCAUGCUGUCUAGGUUCAUGAGUUUCAACCCUGUCUCUCUAAAAAUGAUGUUUAUAUACUUUUGCAGAAUAUGUUUUGGAAGACAUGUAAUUUCUGCAUGGUUCAUGAUCCCAUGCAAUGUUUUUCCUGUCCACAAAGUGCUAUGUUCUCAUGCUGCACAUGGACAAUGCAGGUUGUGUCUUGCAUGUUGUUAGCUUUAGCCGACUAAAAUAAUAAUGGGGCAAAUAAUGGUUUAGCCUAAAUAUACAGAAAGUAAACACCAAAACCAAUAACAUGCAUUAUUGGUAUUUGUGUUGCAGGAAUGUUCAGCAUUAAUGUUUUGUAACUUCAUUCAAAAUGUAUCUUUUUGUGUUGAUAACGAUCAUAAUCUUGAAGGCAGUAGGUUUCUUUCAAAACAUAUUUCCUAUUGCAAAUGAGCUGUAUAUAAAUGUUGUUUUUUGGAGGUAUGGUUGGGUUGGGUUUAGGAUAAGAAAUAGUCACAUUUAGGAUUAUAGCUGUGUUCCUUCUCAGAGGCCACAUCCCUCAAAGUCCAACUGUGUCACAUUCCAAAUGGAAAAUAUUGCCUUACUUUGCUGAAAUUUCAUGGAAACUACUGGUAUAUUCUUUAUGUCUUGCGUUUCCUAAACUCCACAGGUGAAUUGUUUGUACUGCCUUUAGUCUUCAUCAGCUCCUGAAGUCAGAACAUUUUUAUGUGACCAAAUAUAACAGGUGUAUUCACAUGGUCGCUGGUAAAUGUAUUUUAUUAACUGGACCAAUGAAAAAGGAUACUGCAGGAUGUAAAUAAUGGAAGCCAGUUUUAUAGUUCACAGUUUCUUCUUGGUGGUAGCUUUGUAGUUAAAGUUAAUUAAGUUAUAUGGAUAAAUUUACUAGUAACAUCUUAUACUGUUUUCCAAUAAUCAAAAUAAAAAAUUUGAACUGUGCCUGAACUAUGAACUGUCCUGGGCUGUUUAAGGGCAACUUCCUGCUUAUGAUAUUUGAUCCUACAUUUUACGAGGACCACCCUUUAGUAGCUCGCUGUGGGAAUUAGUGAUGAUUUUAAGGUGAAUCUUCUUUAAACUGAUCUUGUCUCAGCCCACUAGUCUUUAAAGCCAUCCCUUGUAAACCACACACUUUGAAGGAGGUGGCACCUGUAGUGGGACACAGCUUAUGUGUGUGUGGUUAAUAUUGUGUCAUUUGGUUUUCUUUAGGGUAAUGUAAGAACACACCUUUAUCUCCCUCUCUAUCUCACACAUACUCCUCACCUUUUUCAGAGGUUUCCUUUAAGCGUUUUGGAUAAGUUAUUCACCUGACAGGUUUGGGCUUAACAGUGGAUCCAAAGGCCACAUGUGUUCUGUCAAAGCAAUUUCAAUCAACAGGUUUUCACUGAAUAGUAGAUUUGUUUGUUGAAAAAAAAAAAUAGCAUUGCCUUAAGCCCCUGCAAGCUUGUUGGCUGAACUAGUUGAAUUCUUGACACACCCAUUUCCACUGCCUGCAGUUUGUCUUGAAUGUCACACUCAGUUUGUUGCCAUGGGGAUAACCAUCUCUACUCCCCUGUCUGAUCCAUAACCUUUGUUUCCCUCUUUAUGCUAACCUCUAAUGUUUACUGCUUAUAAAUGAAUGGUCUGAAGGCUCAGCUUUCUGAGACUUCUGUACCUCUCAGUGACCAAACAAGUGAUCCCUCCAGCCAUUGUUUCCUCACUUUCACCGUAACUGUUGUCAGUGUGAGUUUGUGUCACCACUGCUACCAUCAUCUUGCAGUUAGGUCUUUAAUUAGUUUGUGCCUGCAGUGAUGUGACAUGUAUUGUAGGUUUAGUACAAUUUAUCACUAAAUCCUUAGCACAAGGUCCACUUACUGCUGGACCUGAGUACCUGCUAUGACUGGCCAGAUAUUAAAGACGCUCAGGAGAAACAGGAUAUUCAGAUUUGUUAAGCUGAAGAAUUACUACAAAGCCACAAAGAGAAUACACACAUGUAUGUAGUGUGCAACAUCUGUUUGGAGUCUGAUUAAGUCUGUUUUCGGUAGUACUACUUUAAGGGACUACACUGAUUUAUUUGGGCAGUUUGGCCCAUUGGUCUGUUUACCCAGUAUCUGAGAGAACUGAUCUGUGAUCAGCAUCUGUAUCUCCAAUAUAUCUAUCUCUGUUCAUUGUGUAUGUUAAAUACCCACAGACAGCUGGCAUUAUACUAAACAUAAGUAUAAUAUAAUUCAUAAGACAUAAAUUUCAUGAAAAUAAAUCAUCAUUUUAUUGCCUGAAUAAUAACAAAACUGCAUUUAUCGGGAAAGCAGACAGGAAACUGCAUUUGGUUUUGUUUGUGGCAGCGUCCUCGCUGUGUUUGGUGGGGCCAGUCUAAGCCUGAAUUAUGAGCCAGACAUCACCAGUCUAAACCAGGCUUUUAAGGGGCUUGUUAAAAACACAACAAAAUACAAGCUAAAGAACCAAAAGGACAUUUGCUUGUUAUGUAACCAGCCUGUAACAGUUAAAUUGUUUCCUUCAGUGGAGCAACCUAAUCCUGGUCCUGCUCUGGUCCCUGUAGAAAUUUUGAAGAUGUGGAUUUCAUCUACCAGCAUGUGUCAUCUCAUUCACCACUUUCACCAGCAUCAGACUUUCUCUGACCAGCUGACAGACCAGCAAAGUUUUUGUAUUUUGGGUUUAUAAUGGAUGCUAUUAAUGAUAAAUACCAACAUUUGCAUUGUGCCAAUUGACUAUGGUCAUUUAGUAUACCACAUGCCAAUAGUUUAGCAUGCAUACUGACAGAGGUGACUUUCUUACCAAUUCUCAUAAGAUAUUUGGUGUUAACCAAUGUGAUAAACUACUAAAACCAGUCCUUAAAAAAUCCAAACUGUCACAGGUUAUAAAGAUCCCUGUGGAAAAUUGUGCUGAGCAGAAUAACAGCUGUUAAAACUGAAAGACUAAUACUGAGUCAGUGUCUGUUAGUGAAUGUACACACACAAGCCAUUAAGCAUAACCUUUAAGUGGUUCAGUCCUUUUUUCAACAAAAUAAAACUGGAUGAAGAUUAAAAAUGACCACUUUUAACUAACCAGGAAGGAAAUUGGUCUGUGGUGUUUAAAGGUCUCUUUUUAUGCAUAGAAAGUUAAUGAAAGGAUUUCACAAUGUUUUUCUCAAGCCAUAGUACUCUGCUGUGGAUUUGACCAUUUUUUUUGUACAGUGUUCCUCCUACAUUAGACUGCAAGUUAGUACACUGUGAAUGUGUGAGUCCAUUGUGUCCUUUGUCAUAGAGUUGAGCAAAUAGUUUGAUUGUGAAAAGAUGUAGCUGAUAGUAUGCAACAGAGCUCCCAACGUACAGAAGUCUGACAGCAGCAAACUGGAAAGACACAGUGCCUUUGAAUAAGAAAUGGUGACAUGCAUUUUCCAUUCCCUUCAAGUUUCACAUCUCCAUCUUUCUGCCAAUGUGCUUUUUCAUUUACUACAUUUCACAGUUGUAAAUUAAGCAAUGUUUCUUAAUAUGUUUUGGUAUAUAUAUAUAUAUAUAUAUAUAUAUAUAUAAUGGGUUCUUUACACUGUCCUUGUUAAAGGAUCAUUCUGCUUUAUUAGAAAUUGGAUCUUAUAUACAUAACUUGGUCAACAUUUCUGUCUUAUGAUAAACAUGGUCCUCACCAAGUUAAUUAUUGAAAUCUGGGAUUGCAUUUAUACACUUCACUCCACUUCACUCCACUUCACUUUAUACACUCCAGAAAAAGGAAGAAAAUAAGAAUCUGAAAUGUAUCUGUGGGUAUUUAGACCUGAUCCAAAACCAAAUUAUGCACAUUUUGGGUGCGCUCACUUUCAGUUUUAUUUCCAAAUCUGGUUAUGCUGUUGCCUUGUUUACCACCUGUCUGACUGCUCCUGUUUCUUGUUUGAUCAGACUUCAUUGUAGAGAUGUCGUCGAUAUUCCCAGAUCUUGCCAGUUGACGUGGUGAGUGUGAUGCUAUCAUAACUCAUAGAAAUGACACAAAGGAGUCCCAAGCUGUAAUAAACUGGACUCAAAAAAGAUAUUCGGACAUACUGACUCAUCAUCCUAGAAAAUAAGCAUCACGUGAGAACAUCUAGUAAACCAUCACUUCAGAGUACAAGAUACAAUGACACUUUGCUCAGGUCCCAUAUUCUCUCAAAUAUCUGAAAUAGUUGGAUUUGUCAGAUGCAAGCAUGCAAAAAUAUAUUAGAAAUGGAUAUUAUUAUCUUCACAGUUUUUGAUAUGGAACAAAAUAAUGAAGGCUUCAUGUAUUGUGUUGAUCUUUUUUUUCAACUGUUGUGAAAUUUGUCCUGUUUUUUGAGCUUUUUAUGUUUGCUUCAAAAGAAAACUGUUUUUGCUUCACAAAGCUUGGAAAUGUAAUUAAACAGUGAGGGGUGCCAUUAUCAAAUUUUACAGUUUCUAAUGAAAAUAUAGUGUGAAAAAAGAACCAUGUGGGUUUUUGUUUUGUCCAAAAAGAAAAACCCUGAAUUAUUCUGUAAUUGCCAUUGUGGGACCACUUUUUGUGCAAGUUUACAUGAAAAAUUCUUCUACUCGUGUCACAGCUCCUGAAGUCCAUUUGUGGAGGACAUUGAGUGAACCAGUUCCCCCUUUGUUCAGAUACCACAAAAAUGUAAGAAUGACACAGAGGCAGCCUUGCAUUUUUCUGUUUGAGGCCACCUCUUGAUUGAGUCAGAAUAAGGACAUCUAGCAGAUUCUUUCAUCUUCCUCAGCAUUUGUGAGGAGGAGACAAAGCAACAUCAAUUUUUCAGGGUUUGAAAAACAGGCAAAAACAUCCUGCCAAGAUGCACUGUCUCACAGUAAAAAAAAACACCAACACCCAACUGUGUAACACCCAACUGCUUCAUAUUCAGUCAGACAGGAGAUUUGAUCCUUCAUUUCCAACAGCUGGUCACUGUUAUUGAUCCAGAGCUCCCUGUUCCUCAGCUUUUCUCUCUGUAAACAACAGCUCUCAUAGUGUAGGUCAAACAUUGGUAGACUACCCCUCCUCUGUCUGUCUGUCUUCUGUCACCGGUGUAAAUACUGAAUACUAACUGAGGAAAGAAGGAAAACACAUUUUGACUUUGCAUUCUGCCAGAAAUUCUUGUGUUCAAUAAAGUUAAAGAAAAGAAAGACAAA